UUUUCUACCCUGCAUGUCACCUCCAGUCUCUCUGAGCUCUGCGCCCUGGGCGGGCAGGCGGGCGCGCGCCGCUCCGCCCUUUCCCUGCCCCCCGCUCCCCCAUUCCCGCUUUGCCCUCUUCCAAGAUGGCCGCUGCCGCCUCUGUGACCGGCCUGGUCACGUGGUACCGCCGCCUGUGAGGUCGAAGAGGCCAGGACGGCGGCGAUUGUCCCUCCCCACGCGCCGUCCACAGGCGUCGACUGCCCCUGUCAACCGGAGCCUGAGCGAUCAUGGCAACGGGCUCGGGCGGGGAGAGCGUGGCAGCGGCGGCGGCGGCGGCGGCGGCAGUUUGGUCGCGGCCCCGGGCGGCAGAGCGGCGGCGGCGGCGGUGGCAGUGGCGCUGGCACCGGCCCUGAGCGCCAUGCAGCAGGGCGGCUCCGAGAGGGAGCUGGCGGCCGGGUGGGAGGAGGCGGCGGCGGCGGGGCCAGUCCGCGUGGACCCUGGCGCGUCCGGGGAGCCGGAGCGCAAGGCGAGGGAGGAGCGGGCCUCGGCCGGGGCCCCGGCGCAGCCCCGUGCGGCCGAGGAGGGCGACGCCCGUCUCCUCCGGCGGUCGCCGUCCACGCCGCCCGGGUGCAGGCCGAAGCCGGCGCCCGCGCGGGGCCUCGGGCCGCUCGGGAAGCCCCGGAGCAAGGGCCGAAGCGGCAGGCGGAGCCCGGGCCGCCGGUCGGACGGGUACUACUCCCUGCGGCCAGUCACCGUGGACAGCUCCAAGGCCAGGACCUCGCUGGACGCUCUGAAGAUCAGCAUCCGUCAGCUCCAGUGGAAGGAGUUCCCUUUUGGCCGCCGCUCGCCCUGUGACAUCUACUGGCAUGGUGUUUCAUUUCACGACAACAACAUAUUCUCUGGUCAAGUGAACAAGUUUCCAGGCAUGACGGAGAUGGUGCGUAAAAUUACUCUGAGCAGAGCAGUGAGAAUUAUGCAGAAUCUCUUUCCUGAGGAGUACAACUUCUACCCUCGCUCUUGGAUUCUGCCUGACGAGUUCCAGCUCUUUACUGCUCAGGUUCAAAUGGUGAAAGACGGUGACCCCUCCUGGAAACCCACUUUUAUUGUGAAACCUGAUGGUGGUUGUCAGGGUGACGGAAUCUACCUCAUUAAAGACCCCAGUGACAUCCGCCUGUCAGGGACCCUGCAGCGCAGGCCGGCGGUGGUCCAGGAGUACAUCUGCAAACCUCUCCUUAUUGACAAACUCAAGUUUGACAUUCGCCUGUAUGUCUUACUGAAGUCCUUGGACCCCUUAGAGAUUUACAUAGCCAAAGAUGGACUCUCCAGAUUUUGUACAGAGCCAUAUCAGGAGCCCACUCCCAGAAAUCUGCACCACAUCUUUAUGCACUUAACCAACUACUCACUGAACAUCCAUAGCGGUAACUUUGUCCACUCGGAUAGCACUAGCACAGGCAGCAAAAGGACUUUUUCUAGCAUUCUUUGUAGGUUGUCUUCCAAAGGCGUUGACAUCAAGAAGGUCUGGUCUGAUAUCAUCUCCUUGGUGAUUAAGACCGUCAUUGCCCUGACUCCAGAGCUCAAAGUUUUCUACCAGUCGGACAUCCCUGCAGGGAGGCCGGGGCCCACAUGCUUCCAGAUUUUAGGCUUUGACAUUCUUCUAAUGAAAAAUCUGAAGCCUAUACUACUUGAAGUUAAUGCAAAUCCCAGCAUGAGAAUUGAACAUGAGCAAGAACUUUCUCCAGGGGUGUUUGAAAAUGUCCCCAGCCUUGUCGAUGAGGAGGUGAAAGUGGCCGUGAUCAGAGACACCCUGCGCCUCAUGGACCCACUGAGGAAGAAAAGAGAAAACCAGUCUCAGCAACUGGAGAACCCACCAGCGGGAAAGGAAGAUCCUUCCAACAAUGAUCUGGCCAUCGCCUCGGAAGGCAACCCCAAGCCUGAGACCCACCUGCCCUCCAUCUGCCUCAAGCAGGUGUUCCCCAAGUACGCCAAGCAGUUCAACUACCUGCGCCUGGUGGACAGGAUGGCAAACUUGUUUAUCCGGUUCCUGGGAAUCAAGGGGACAAUGAAGUUAGGACCAACAGGCUUCCGUACCUUCAUAAGGAAUUGCAAGCUGAGCAGCAGCAGCUUGUCCAUGGCCGCUGUGGACAUCCUCUACAUCGACAUCACAAGGAGAUGGAGCUCCAUGACCAUGGACCAGCGGGAUUCAGGGAUGUGCCUGCAGGCCUUCGUAGAGGCUUUCUUUUACCUGGCUCAGAGGAAGUUCAAGAUGCUGCCCCUGCACCAGCAGGUGGCCUCGCUGAUCGACCUGUGUGAAUACCACCUGUCCCUGCUGGAUGAAAAGCGUCUGGUGUGUGGCCGGAGUGGCAGGUUGGGGAGCCGGCCCCCUCACGGUGGCAUGCCCCAGGAAGUCACCCCGGCUGCCCCGCUGGCGGAGGGCCACCUCCCACCCGGCACAGGCAAGCUCUCCCAGUCCCCACGCGCCCUGUCCUGAGGGCCACUCUGUCCUCCCGGAACAAGCAAGCCCUUCAGGGCUGGAGAGAGGCCCUGGGCUCCCCACGUGGAGGAACGCCGGCUGCUGGGAUUCCUGCCGGGACUCUGCGAGCUAUGGGUCCUGCGCUUCGGGAGGCCGACUGACUCGCGCCCACCUUCCUCCCGGUGCCUCGUGGUGGUAAACCUGUUUACAAGUCACAGUGGACAUAUGACAUCCCAAAGGCGACAGGUGGCAUCUCCUAGUCUGAGCUCAUUGGAAGCGACAGCGGGGGUGAAACUGUUGUGUUUGGGGCACCAACGGCCCCAGACUGCGCUGUGGUGAGGAAGGGACAUGAGGCAGCCGAGUCCUGGGUCUGCGGGCCCAGAGGGAGCAUUGGCUGAAGCCCGGAAGCAUCAUGCCUACUUCCUGUCUCCGCUCUGCGGGAUGGAGUGGAAAUACCCGAGACUCUCCCAUCCGAUCAUGUGCUACAUUGGUGUAGUUAACAGAUUAGCCUCAUUUAUUUCAUUA